AUGGCGUCGCAGGAGGCCAUGAAUAUUCAAGAGCACAUCGAGCUCAUCAACACCGUUCUUCCCAACGUGGACGCCAAUGACAAGCCAGUCUACGAGAACAUGCUGAUGGAGUUGUACCAGAGGCUAUCAAAUGAGCAGCGGCAAAGCGAAGCCGAUGCUGAAGCCAUGGCCAGAGCUUUCCAGUCCAACAAUGGCAACAGCGAUAACGGUGUCUGGGAACAGGGCCAACAACACGACCCCACAAACUACCACAGCGGCCCAUCAUAUAGUAAUGGUGCUCCAUACGGCUUGCAGGUACCUUCAACGCCUCUGCCUUCUCUAAAACAGAGCCGGAAACGAAGCCUUGGGUUAUCUGACUUUCCUGAGGCUAAACGUGUCAGUGGGCAGCCAAGUCCGGUAACUCCAACUUCGCCCGUGGGCCCUUGGUCACAGUCGCUUCCGAGUCGGCAGUCCUUUUCUCACCAUCAGUCCGAGUCUAUACCCUUUGUUGACCUGACUGAAUCUGACCCACCUUCGCCUGAAGGAUUUGAGCUCCCUGCUCGUGCGUAUGCGCAGUCCGAUCCCAUUCAGUAUCAGUUCUAUGAACCAUUCCCAGAGUUGAACGCUUAUCAAGGAGGGCAUGAUCAUGGCGUCAUGUCACCCGCUGAUGCAUUCAACCAGGAAUUCAUGGCUCCAGAAGAACUUGCUGAGUUUCUGAUCGCUCCGAGUGCACCAGGCAGCGGUUACGGAUUCCAGCAACCAGUCACUCAUCAUCAACAACAACGUGCCGGAGCAGGCUACCCAUAUCCUUCUUUGCGAGGGAGAGAUAGUGACGAGGACAACUAUGGCAGUUUCCCUCUCAAUGUUGACGAGGCGGCCGCGAUAGAAAAGCUUUUCGAGAAUAUUAAGGAUGAUGGUGAGAACAUCAAAGAUCGAGAGCCCACACCGAAGAAUAUGACUUGCAUCCUGAAGGAGUAUCAGCGUAUCGGUCUCACAUGGCUGCUCAAGAAAGAGCGAGGCUCGACCAAAGGCGGCAUCUUAGCAGACGAGAUGGGUUUGGGCAAGACAAUACAAGCUCUGGCUCUUAUCUGUGCGAACCCAUCCACUGACCUGGCUUGCAAGACAACACUCAUUAUUGCACCUGUUGCUCUUAUGCGACAGUGGGAGAAAGAAAUUGAACGCCAUGUCCAUCCUCGUCAUAGGCUUAGUGUUCAUCUGUACCAUGGCAGCGGUAAAAACGCCGAUUUCGCUCGGCUCCGUCAACACGAUGUUGUCUUGACCACGUUCGGAUCUCUCACCUCGGAGUACAAGCAGAGGGAGUCUUCGAAGGAGGCCAUUCUCAACGACCAAGAGCUGCGUAAUCCUAGCAUGCGUCGCAAAGCCAAAGACAGGCUUGCGCUAAUGGGACCAGAGUGCAUGUGGUAUCGUAUCAUCAUUGACGAGUCCCACAACAUCAAAAACCGAAACUCCAAGUCCUCCAAGGCUUGCGCUGAUCUCAUGGCUAAACACCGCCUGUGCAUGACAGGUACGCCUAUGAUGAAUAGCGUUGAUGAGCUUUACCCGCUCCUCCGGUUCUUGAAGGCGGAGCCGUAUUGUACGUGGAACAAAUUCAGUCUCGAGAUUGCCAAACCCAUGAAGACCACCAACGAGCACACCAAGAAGCGCGCGCUUGAUCGCAUCCAAAUCUUGAUCAAGGCCAUCAUGCUCCGACGUCAGAAAACCACCGUUGUCGAUGGGGAGCCCAUCUCUAAGAUCCCACCUAAGCACUCCGUUAUUGAUAAUGUGGAGUUUGAAGACGAAGAAUAUGCUCUGUAUAAGGCUCUCGAAACCAAGUCGCAGCUUCAGAUGAACAAAUACCUGCAGAAGGGUACUGUCACAGCCAACUACGCUAAUGUUCUGGUUCUACUGCUUCGUCUCCGCCAAGCAUGUUGCCAUCCUCAUCUGAUCAAGGACCUCAGCCAGCCGGCGACUGAGGGUAUUGCCGAAGACGACCUCUUGAUCCGUGCUGAAGAGUUGAAUGAUGAUGUCAUCGUGCGGCUGAAGGCAAACGAUACGUUCGAGUGCCCAAUUUGUCUCGAAGCUGAUCCAAAUCCGACCAUCAUCAUUCCGUGUGGACAUACGGUUUGUGGUGAGUGUGUCCAGAAGCUCAUCGAUCCAGCACUGCGUGCUGCACAGGAUGGCAACGAUGAGACCAGCACGCCCAGGUGUCCGCACUGUCGCGGCGAGCUAAAGGCUAAGCUCAUAACGGACUACAAGCAUUUCUGCAAAGUCCACUGUCCUGACCGUCUUGGGUCGGCCGACCUAUCUGAAGAAGAGGAGGCCGUGGUCGAGGACGAAGACUCUGACUCCGACUCUGAGGACGAAGAUGGCGCACCAGAUAUUGACAAGAAGGGUAACCUAGCUGGUUUCAUUGUCGAUGAUGAUGAAUAUGAGUACGCAGCCGACGAGGCGGACGACGACGAUAAUGUUGGCUCCGCACCCGAGAUCAAGGUGAAGCCCGAAGGUAAGAAGUCGAACAAACGUAGCAAGGGUAAGGGUAAGGCACGCGCCAAGCCCAAGCAGACUCUUGCUCAACUCAAGAAGGAGUCGCUCCGCAACAAGAGCGCCAAGAAACGCUACCUGCGUCGUCUGGACAAGACCUACAUCACGUCUGCGAAGAUCAGCAGGACUGUUGAACUGAUCAAGGAAAUCAAGAAGAACGAUGCGACCGAAAAGACGCUGGUCUUCUCUCAGUUCACGUCCUUGCUGGACCUUGUCGAAGUUCCUUUGUACCGUGAGAAAAUCACAUAUCGACGCUACGAUGGCAGCAUGAAGAUGGACGAACGUGCCGAUGCUGUCAACGCUUUCAUGGACGAUCCAAACGAGAAUGUCAUGUUGGUUUCCCUGAAAGCUGGCAACGCUGGCCUCAAUCUUUGGAAGGCAUCGCGAGUGAUUAUACUGGAUCCUUUCUGGAAUCCAUUCAUCGAAGAGCAGGCUGUUGAUCGUGCUCACCGCAUGCCUCAGAAGCGCGAGGUCCAUGUACAUCGCAUUAUCGUGCCUGAGACCGUUGAGGACCGUAUCGUCGCCAUCCAAGACAGGAAGCGUGAUGAGAUCAAUGCCGCUCUUGACGAGAAGGCAUCAAAAAGUCUGACUCGUCUCAACUUGAAUGAGCUCAAGUACCUGUUCGGUAUGGGCUAG